CUUUGCUUCCUCAAUGAAACGAGGGAAUAAACAAAAAAAUGUCAAAAUCCACUAAUACAUUGGUAGUUCGUUUUAUUUUGAGUUUGAUUUGAACUUUUGCACUGCUUUGCACUUUUAUUUACCUGAUAAUAAUAUAUACCUAUUUCAAAAUAUUUGCGGCGUUGUUGUACAAUUCGUAAUAAGUGAAAUAGCGUUCGAAAAGUAGUGAUGUAUCGUUAUUUAGUUUUUUUACAAAUAUUUUUGUGUUUGUAUUUAGAAACUACGGCCUUUGUAUUUCCCUACGUAUAUCCUGUAUUAAAAUUAGAAGCCAGCCAUGGAGACGCCGGGAAGCCGCUCAUGCUCACUCCAUACCUUAAAAAUGGGUCUAUCUCUCUAGCUCAGAACCUUUCUCGAGUGUCUAUUACCGAAAAAUUAGGAUGCCGAAGUUACGCUGGCUUUUUUACCGUCAACGAAACUUACAACUCUAAUCAUUAUUUUUGGUACUUCCCGCCUAUAUCUGGGGAUGAAUCCGCACCUUUGCUGCUCUGGCUUCAAGGUGGUCCUGGGGGCAGUUCUUUAUUUGGGUUAUUUGUGGAAUUGGGCCCGAUAACAGCUAACAAUAAGGGAUUUGUUAUGCGAAAACAUCAUUGGGCAUUGACCCAUCACUUGCUCUUUAUUGAUAACCCUGUCGGCGCGGGCUUCAGCUUCACUGAUCAGGAGAAAGGCUAUUGCACCAACGAGGACUGCAUUUCCAAAGGCCUGUACAACAGCCUCCAACAAUUUUUCACUCUGUUCCCGAAAUUAAGAAAUAAUGAUUUUUUCAUUACUGGAGAAUCUUACGCAGGGAAGUACAUUCCAGCACUGGCUAUGAUGAUACAUAAACAGAAUGAAAAUUGUAAUGAAAAGAAGAUAGAGUUGAAAGGGCUUGCUAUAGGCAAUGGGUAUUGUGACCCUGUCAACCAGUUGGAUUAUGGAAACUAUCUAUAUCAACACGGACUUAUUGAUAAUGCUCAGUUGCGCAUAUUCCAGAAGUACCAGUCAAAGAUUUAUGUGGCAAUAAAAAACGAGAACUGGGGUCAAGCAGACCUCCUUAUGGACUAUCUAUUGGAUGGAGACAUAGCGAACACUUCAUACUUCGGGGCUUGUACUGGUUUUGAAAAUUACUACAACUUUUUACAACCCGUAGACAAUUUAGAUGUUAAGCCCCUUUUGAAACUGUUGCAAAAGGAUGAUGUGAGACGUAGUGUGCAUGUCGGCAAUCGUCCAUUCAAUGCAGAGUCUCAAAAUGUUGCAUUGUAUCUAAGUACAGAGUUAUUGAAGUCUGUCGCUCCUUAUAUUGCAGAACUAUUAUCUACAUACCGUAUUAUGUUCUACAAUGGACAAUUGGAUAUUAUUGUGGCUUAUCCAUUGACUGUGAAUUUUUUGAAGAAUCUUAAUUUUUCUUCAGCACAUGAAUAUAGAAAUGCCCCUAGAAAAAUAUGGCGAGUUAAGAAUGAAAUUGCAGGUUAUGUGAAAAAAGCAGGGAACCUCACUGAAGUUCUGGUGCGUAAUGCAGGUCACAUGGUGCCGCAUGAUCAACCCAAAUGGGCAUUGGAUCUUAUUACUAGAUUUGUAAAUGGAAAACUUUGAUAAUUUUUUCAUAAUUAUCUAUGUAAUUACAUCAGUUUGAUGUAAACUUGACUGGUGUAUGAAACUUGACCAUGCACCAACUAAUUUUAGGGUAGAUGACAAAUAUUUGUUUGGAUGACCUUUCAAAGGCCCUUAUAUUAAUAGAAACGCCAGUGAAAAAAUAACUGUCAUAAAGACAAUGUUUUCAAAGAUAUAACAAAAGUAAAGUCACACAUUUGUAUGGGCUUGUCCAAAAGCUCUAUAAUAAAUGGCAUAAACAAGUGACAUCAGAACUUGGUAAUAUGUUUGUAAGAAAAGUUAUGUUUGUUCGACAGGUACAUUAAAUAUUACUUCUAUGGUGAUCACUAACAAAAGUUGUUACAACAUUUUUGUUUUUAUGAUAUUUGAGUUUAUUUGAUAAUUUCAUACUUUUUGAAAAUUGAAUUUCCAGCCAACAAUCUAUGAAUUAUGAUAAUAAUUUUAAAUACCUAUACCCUAUUCAUCUUGGACUGAGACAAAAGGUAAACAAACCUUGAACAAAAAAUCAUUAUUUCUCGUUAUUCCUUUGUUAAUUUUGUUCUUACUUUCUGUUAAUGUAAAAUUUUUUGUUGUUGUUGUUUUAUGGAGUCAUGUCGCUUACUUAAAUGUUUGACUUUUGUUCAUUUCUAGUUUCUUUUUUGUUUACCUUUUGUCUCGGUCUAAGAUGAAUAGGGUAUAUAUGUUUUACAAUUCUCUGACCUUGUCAUGUACUUUAAGCUUUCCUGGUGAAUCUAAGUUAUGAACAAAAUAUAGUCAAGUGUAUAAGUUACAACAAACUUGUUUCUAGACUAUGUAGUUUCAUACAAAUGUCUCAUAUUAGGAAAUAUUGUUAAAUUAACUCCUAUUGAUUAAAGAGUGUAUGCAAUAUGUGCUGUGAUCUACCUGUGGUACCUAUAUAUAUUUUAUUUUAAUAUUUAGAAUAAUUGUAUCUUAUAAAAUAAAUAAAAAACUGUUUUA